AUGUUAAGAAAUUUUGUACUUUUAGCCUUAUUGGCUGUAGCGGUAACCGGUUUAAAUUUACCCGGUGUGCCUAUUGAAUUUACCCAAGAUGAUGAAGUUAUUUCAGCAAUUUCAGAUGAUAUUGCCAAUAAAUUUUCAAGGGAAUAUAUUAAAUUUCUGGAGACUGGCAAAGAAUCAGCCACCCUGAAACAACUCUCCACACAAUUGGCGAAAUCACACAGCAAAAAGGAUAUAUUCACUACCAGCAUAUCGGAAUUAGGGGCCCUCGAUCAGUUUUUCAUGUGCACCAGCUGUCGUGCUGUAAUAAAUGUCAUAGCUGAGACUUUUAGAUCCGAAGAUGGUGAAUUAAAUGGCCCCAAUGCUGAAGCGAAUACCAAGAAAAUGGCCUUAGAGUUGUGUAAUCGUUUUAACCUUCAAACUCCCGAAGUCUGUAAUGGUUUGGUGGAUUUAAAUUUACCAAUUAUUCAUUAUAUUAUAAUGAAUACAGAGGCCGAUGCCCGUUCACUGUGUGGUACUUUGCCCAUUAGUUUCUGUAAGGUGAAGCAGAGCAACUUUGAAUGGAGCGUUAAAGUCGAUAGUAGUAAAGGUAAUCUAACGGAACCUAAAGCUGAUGUACCCAAAAAAACCAAUAAUGAUUUGACGGUGGUUCAUUUAUCGGACAUACAUUUUGAUCCUGAAUAUAAACCUGGUUCUUUGGCUGAAUGUGAAGAGCCUAUGUGCUGUCGCAAUACACCAGCCAGUGGUAUUUCCGAAGAAUCUAAGGCCGGUUACUGGAGUGAUUAUCGUACUUGCGAUUCUCCCUUGCAUAUGGUGGAAAAUGCUUUGGAUCACAUCAAAGAAACUUAUAAGAAAAUUGAUUACAUCUAUCAAACUGGUGAUAUUGUACCACAUAAUGUGUGGUCUACCACCAAGGAAGGUAAUAAGGCCAUGUUGACACAAAUUAAUGAUUUGAUAGCUGAAAAAUUCUCUGGUAUUCCUGUUUUCCCUUGUGUUGGUAAUCAUGAACCUCAUCCUACUAAUGUAUUCGGACAUGCAGAUGUUCCCGCAGAAUUAAAUGUCAACUGGUUGUAUGAACAUCUAUGGAGCAAUUGGCAACGUUGGUUACCCGCCGAAGCUAAGGAAACCGUCUUGAAAGGUGGUUAUUACACAGUCUCUCCUAAACCCGGUUUCCGUGUUAUAUCUUUGAAUAACAACGAUUGUUAUAUCUAUAACUGGUGGAUCUAUUAUGAUGGCAGUACUACCAGUCAACCUCAACUAGACUGGUUGCAAAAGACCCUCUUGGCUGCCGAAAAGUCUGGUGAAUAUGUACACAUAUUAGCUCAUUUACCCUCUGGAGAUGCUGAUUGCUGGACCGUAUGGGCUCGUGAAUAUAAUCGUAUCAUUGAGCGUUACAGUCACAUAAUUGGUGGUAUCUUUGGUGGUCACACACACAAAGAUGAAAUGAAUUUGCAUUAUUCAACAAAUGGUCAUGCUAUGGCUAUAUAUUGGAAUGGUGGCAGUUUGACUUCAUACUCCUAUAAAAAUCCCAAUUAUAGAACCUAUGAAGUGGAACCCGCUACUUAUCAAGUUGUUGAUCAUCAUACUUGGAUCUUCAAUUUAACUGAAGCCAAUGAACAUGGUGAUCAACGCUCUCCCAACUGGAUCAAAGAAUAUCAAUUCACUGACUUUACUCAAGAUUUAAGUCCAGCUGGUAUUGAUGCUUUGUUUGAAAAAAUGGCUGAGGAACCUGCUCUAUUGCGUCAGUACUGGAGAUACAAAAUGACUUCUGCCGAUCCCAAAUUGGAGGCCGGUUGUAAUGAUCGUUGCUUGGCUAGUACUAUUUGCAAUUUGGUAAGAACUGUUUAUGAUGAUAACGCUCGUUGUAAGGAAUUGAAAGCUAAACUAAAGGAAUCGUUGGCUAAUGAAGUCAUUACUUUGCCACCUACAGAAAAGCCCGAUGAUGGCGGUGGUGAUGGUGCUGCUACUAUGACCGCUUCUAUUACUUCUAUUGUAGCUAUAUUGUACAUGAUUAAUCAGUUAUUUUAAGGAAUUUAGUUAAGAAAUUUAUUUGUAUAUAUAUUUUUUUAAAAAAAAAAUAAAUUAUUAAAGUUA